CAGCGCUUCGGGUCCUAGAGCACAAGCCACAUGAGCAUGUGAAAGGUGUCCAGACCUCUCAAUUGAGGUUUGCAACAACGUCAUCGCUUCAGCACGUCCUCAGUAUUUGGGAAUUAGACCAGGGCCAUCAAAUUUAUUUUGGUUCUCUCAUUUAUUUGAGCCCCAGCUGUAAGUUGCGAGGAUUCGCAUCGUCAUGUCUGCCAUUCCUGCUGCCCUACUGUCUGUGCUGGUCUUGGGCAACGCCAUCGGAGGAACGGCGGCCUACAGCGUUCUAGUUUCGAGGUCAUCGGAGAAUUGCCUGACGAACGAGUUCAAGUGCGCCAGCGACGGGAACUGCAUUCGAGUGGCUCGUCUGUGCGACGGAACUGAUGACUGUGACGAUGGUUCCGACGAAAGAGGCUGCCCGCAGGCCACUCGCACGUGCUCAGUGACGGAAUUUCGGUGCCGAAGUGGCCAGUGCAUUGCCGGGUGGCGUCGUUGCGACGGUGAGCCCGACUGCAACGACUUCUCGGACGAGGAGAGGAUGACCUGCGGUGAGGGCGGUACCUGUCACCCGGACCAGUUCGCGUGCAAGAACCGCACAGGUACUUGCAUUCCCGCCGAAUGGCGAUGCGACCGGGUUCGCGACUGCACCGACGGCUCGGACGAAGAGGGCUGCCCGAACGCGACCUGUUCGGAGGACAAGGAGUUCGCCUGUAGGAACGGUCGGUGCAUCCUGAAGGGCUGGAGGUGCGACGGUGACGAUGAUUGCGGCGACGGAUCGGACGAAGAGAACUGUCGGCGAGAGACGUGCUCGGCGUCCAAGUUCGGGUGCGGCAGCGGCGGGUGCGUUCCGAGUCGUCUACGCUGCGACGGACGUCGCGACUGCCGGGACGGGUCAGACGAAGACCCCAGUUCCUGCCGUGCCGGGUUGUGCCGCGACGACGAGUUUGCCUGUGGGCCUCUGUCGGCUAACGCUUGCGUUCCCUUGAAGUCCCGGUGCGACGGUAACGAAGACUGCCCCGACGGAUCGGAUGAAAAGGAGUGCGGUACCACGGACUGCGUCAGGUACGACGUCUUGUGUGGCGACGGCCAGUGCGUCAGGAUUUGGUCGCGCUGCGACGUUCAGAAUGUUUCGUCAGACAUGAACAUCGACUCAUUGGCCGCGCGAUCAACGUACUCAGUAUCUCUCCUCUUCUGCACCAUCCUUCUUGGGACCGCCGACCAACUCGUCAUCGUGGAAGAUACGACCAGUCUUCCUUGCUCGGCGAACAACUUCAAGUGCGCCGGAGCUGACGUGUGCGUCCCAAUCUCGCUGCUUUGCGAUGGUAAAGCGGACUGCUCCGACGGCUCGGACGAAGAUAACUGCGUGGCAAGACGAAACUGCUCAGCGAUCGAAUUCCGGUGCACGAGCGGCGGCCAGUGCGUCUCGAGCUGGAGGCGAUGCGACGGCCAUUACGACUGCGCCGACCAGUCGGACGAGGCCUCCUGCGCAGCAGAGACGUGCCACCCCGAUCAGUUUCAGUGCAAGAACCACACCGGAGCGUGCAUACCCUCCGGGUGGGUGUGCGACGGAGUCGAAGACUGCGCCGAUGGCUCUGACGAAGAUGAGUGCCAGUACACCUCCUCCUGCUCCGAUGACGUCAUGUUCCGGUGCGGCAACGGCCUCUGUGUCUCUAAGGGGUGGAGGUGCGACGGGGUCCGAGACUGCGCCGAUGGCUCUGACGAAGAUGAGUGCCAGUACACCUCCUACUGCUCCGAUGACGACUCGUUCCUGUGCGGCGACGGCCACUGUGUCCCUAAGGGGUGGAGGUGCGACGGAGAAGUCGACUGCGACGACCGCUCGGACGAGACCAACUGUCCACGUGGGACAUGCUCUUCGAAGAAGUUCGAGUGCGAAACCGGUCAGUGCAUACGGAGAGAGUUGCUCUGCAACGGUCACCCCGACUGCCUAGACGGAUCUGACGAAGACGCGUCCACCGUAUGCGCCCCCGCGUCGUGUCCAGUCGGUGAGUUCCAGUGCGGUCCCGUUCGCAGUCGUUGCGUACCCGAGGAGUACCGGUGCGACGGUUACCCGCAAUGCGCCGACGGGUCGGACGAAAAGGACUGCCCUGGCUUGACCUGGAACGUAACGGACUUUUUCUGCGAGAACGACCAGCGGGUUCCGCUGUUGGUACGCUGCGACGGAAACUUCGACUGCGACGACGGGUCCGACGAAAGCGUCCAAGUAUGUUACAUGAUGCAGACGUGCCCUGGCAACAAGUCUCGGUGCGAUUCGCCCGAAGGUUCCUGCGUUCCGCUCGACGUCGUGUGCGACGGUUACGAAGACUGCGUCGGAGGAUCGGACGAGAGAAACUGCGAAGGUGUCACGUGUUCGUUCCAAGGUGAGUUCACGUGCAAGAGCGGUCAGUGCGUGCCGAAGACGUCGGUGUGUGACGGUUACCUGGACUGCGAGGACGGGUCCGACGAACACCGCACCAUCUGCGCGCUGAAGUGCGCUGAGGGCGAGUUCUCUUGCAAGAACCCCCGCGGAACUUGCGUUCCUAGCGAGUACCGCUGCGACGGCGGCAUGGACUGCGAAGACGAGUCAGACGAAAUAGGAUGUUGAGGCGGAGGACUCUGUAUGGUCUGAAACACACUUUUCUAGAGCUGUUAGUCGUCUGCUUCAGACGCCGCUUUUCGUUUGCAAAAACACGCAGAGACCAACGCCGCAAUCAUACCAAGCAUUCAUACCGCGUGCUGGGUUCUUGUGCUACAAUUCAAGCAUGAACAGAAACUUGUAGCUAAUUCGAAGUACACAGCUGCGGACGGCGCCAGCGUCCACAGCCACGCGCUCGACCUCACUAAGCAAGUGUGA